AUGUGCGCUCUGUCGAGUGGUGAAAAUGACCCUCCCAACGACCAGCAGCAUCAAGCACAGCAGGAGCAGCAGCAGCCGCAGGCGAAGCGCGCACGCGUUGCACAGCAGCGGCCACCACCCGCUGCGCGCCGCCCCUGCGCCCCCCGCCCCGGCCUCUUCGCGGCCGCCGCCGGCUGCCCCUCAACCGGCGUCCACGUCUUUGGCGGCCUGGAGGCACGGCAGUCCACCGUCAAGGCGACCGCCGAUGACGCAUGGCUGAGCGAGGGCGGCCCGAUGCGCCAGGAGCCCGAUUUCAGCCGCGUCAUCACAAAGCCUGCUGACCUGGCCGCCAGCGCGCGUGUGCAGCGCGUCGCGCCCAUCAGCAUGCGAGGUGGCGGCAAUAGCGUUGGAGACGAGGAUGCCGACGGCAGCGAGGGAGGCGAGGGCAGGGGGGAUCGGGACGGCGGCGGCGCGUGGCGCAUGCACGAGGCGCGGCACCAGCUGUCUUGCGGGCUAGUGGGACAUUCCGCGGCGCUGUACAAAGGGCGUGUGUACAUAUUUGGGGGGCAGCUGGACGAGCGCGCAGCGGACUACGCACGCUCGUCUGACGCCCCCACCGGCGCUUCCGUCUGCUGCGGCGCGCUGCGCGGCUACGCUGUCACGCGCCAGGGCCUGCAAAUGCCGGGCGGCGCGGAGCAGCUGCCAGUGGUGUCGGACACCGUGCCCCAAAACGGCGAGCCGCCCGGCCCCAGGAUGCACCACAGCGUGGCGGUUGAUGAGGAGGGGGGCACCAUGUACCUGUACGGCGGCGUCACAUUCACGCGCGCGUCCGGGCAGAGGCGGCCGGCCGACGCGAAGGCCGGGCUGGUGCACGCCUACCGCUUCGCGACGGGCACCUGGCAGCGGCUGGCGACGGAGGGUGCGCGCGGGUUGCUCGGCGGCGGGGACUACCCAGUUAGCACGACCCUGCUGGCCCUUGCAUUCCACAAGGGCGCCCUAUGGGCGCUGCCACAGCUCCCGCCGCCCUCGGCGGGGGCGCUGCCGUCGCGGGCGCGGGCCGCCGGCUACCGCCUCCACCGGCUUGACCCUCUCAGCCGGCGGUGGACCGUGGUGGCCACACAGGGCGCCGGGCCCCCGCCGCGCUGCGAGUCGGCCGCGGCGUUGCUGGCGGACUGCGGCCGGCUUGUGGUGUUUGGCGGCCGCGCGUUGGCGCAGCCGCGCGGGUUGCUGUCUGAUGCGUACUGCCUGGACUUGGAGAGCGACCCCCCCGCCUGGACCCAGCUGCAGCCGUGGCUGACCUGCACCCAACACGCAGACAGCGGCCGCCGGCAUGCGCAGCAGGCGGCGGGCGGCGGCGGCGGCGGCGGCAUGCUGGCGGUGGCGGGGCACGGGGGGGCGGCGCUGGGUGGGCGGGCGGUGUUUGUGGGCGGCUGCAGGCGGCACGACCUGCAGGAGCCAGAGGCGGUGGUUCAGGUGCUGGAGCGCGCCGUGGUGCCCCCAACGCCGGACGCGGCCGGCGCGAGCGAGGCGUCUAAGGCCCGCCAGCACUGCCGGCAGCAGCUUGCCAAGAUGCUGCGGCAGGCGGGCGGCGGCGGCGCGCAGGCGCGUUGGUGCGGCAGCGGGCGGCUGGGAAAGAGGGACGGGCGAGGAGCCAUGUCAGCCGAGGGUGUGCUGCUGGUGCCGAGCGGGGGCGGCACGCCUGUGCGGCUGCCGGCCGUGCUGCUGGCCCUGCACUCGCGCCUCUUCCUGGACAUGCACCAGUCCGGCAUGUUUGACAGCGACGGCGGCGACGGCGGCGGCGUCAUCGGCGGCGCUGCUCCCGCCCACGCAGCUCAGGUGCCGGUCGAGGGCGUGGGCGCGGGGGAGCUGCGGCUGCUGUGCCGGUGGCUGGCGGGCCUGGCUUGCCUUGACGCGCUGCCGCUGGCCGACCUCGCACGGGUCCAUCUGGCUGCUGACCGCCUGAUCAUGGAGGGGCUCAUGGCAGAGUCGCUGGGGCUACUGCUCAGCGCGCGGCCGGGCGACCAUGCCGGUGCGGCUGCGCUGCUGCGGCUGGCAGCGGAGCUGUCGCACCGGCCAGGGCUCCAGGAGGUCGGCGACAGGGCGGAGCAGCUGCUGGCCGACGCAGCCACCCCACACAACGCGGCGCAAACCAUGGAGCUUGCCGUCGCCUGCGGCCGGGCUGCCCUGAGGGCCGCCUGCCUGGUGUGGCUCAACAGCACGACCAAGGGGCGGCUGCUUUGGCAUGCAGACACCGUGGUGGCUGUCACGGAGCAGCACUGUCUUUCAGCAAACGCCGGAGCACAGGGAGCAGCCGAGGGUAAAGCAGCAGCAGGAGGAGCUGAGACGGCGGGGAGCGGCUCGAGUGUGGGCAGCGGCGGCAAAAUUGUGGCGGCCGCUGCACGACAGCUGCCUGUGAUCGAGAUGCUGGAGAGGGACCUUCUGGCUGAGCAGCAGCCCGCAGGACUCAAGCAGCUGGGGAGCUAUGUAGCAGCUGCCGAGCGGCUGCGGCUAGUGCGGCUCAGGGACGGGCUCCUGCAGGCAGUAGCUGGGCAGUGGAGCGCGCUCGCGACCGGGCAGCCCCAGCUGCUGCGUGCGCUCAACGAGCAGCACCCGGCAUUCAUGGCGGACGCGGCGCGCCGAGCCGGGAGCGGCAGGAGUCACAAUGGCGCAGAAGAGGCUGCCCAUGAACCAGUUUUUGACGACGUGGAUGCACUGUUUGAUUGA